CCUCCCUCGCCCUCCUCUCUCCAGCAGGUGCUGAAAAGCUGCAACCUGCAGUCCUCCGAAAACACACGUAGCAGCAGCAGUCCGGGCAAAGAAGCACGUCUGUCCAGCAGCAUGAAGUGUUUGAACAACCGGGCCGAGAGCCACCUGACGGGCCGAGCCGAGUCCGAGCUGGACGUCAUGGCCAACGGGGCCUGGGUGAACCACGGCUAUAGUGGAUCCCCUCAAGCCCUGCCCAGUGUGGUCAGCACCGUCUACGGCCCGCAGACCCCCUUCCCGGGCUCCAUGGACAGCAUAUACAAACUAGAUCCCCCCGGCAGGAUCUACGGACAAGCGGGCACCUCUGACCCGACCGUGACGAAGAAGAAGAAAAGAAGAGGCUGCUGCUCUUUCGUCAAAGGGUUCUGGGGCACGGCGUGGACUGAAAACACCUCCAACAACAGGGAGAAGUAUAUCCGCACCACUCUGAGAGAGCUGGUGGUCUACCUGGUGUUCCUGGUGGACGUUUGCCUCUUGACUUAUGGCAUGACCAGCUCCAGCACCUAUUAUUUCACCAAAGCCAUGACGGACCUGUUUGUGAGCUCAGCCAGUCAGAGCGGCGUCACGUUUCAGUCCAUCGGCAGCAUGGCCGACUUCUGGGACUACGCCCAAGGUCCGCUCCUGGACGGCCUGUACUGGACCAAAUGGUACAACAACCAGUCCCUCGACAGCGGAGACCAGUCGUUCAUCUACUAUGAGAACAUGCUGCUCGGCGUUCCCCGGAUGAGGCAGAUUAAGAUCAAGAACAACUCCUGCAAGGUCCACGAAGACUUCAGGGAUGAGAUCACGGGAUGCUUUGACGUCUACAACGAGAAGAAGGAGGACGACUUCAGCUUCGGGCUCAUCAACGGCUCGGCGUGGAGCUACCACACGGAGAAAGACAUCAAAGGUUCCUCUUACUGGGGCCUGCUGACCACCUACAGCGGAGCGGGAUACUACCAGGACCUGAGCCGGACCAAGGAGGAGAGCGCCAGCAUCCUGGCAGAGCUGAUGGAGAACCUGUGGCUGGACCGAGGAACCAGAGCGGUUUUCAUCGACUUCUCCGCCUACAACGCAAACAUCAACAUGUUCUGUGUUGUCAGGUUGGUGGCAGAGUUUCCAGCCACUGGUGGAGCCAUCCCUUCGUAUCAGAUCAGAACGGUUAAGCUGAUCCGCUACAUCACCCACUGGGAUUACUUCGUCCUCGGCUGCGAGUUGGUCUUCUGCGUGUUCAUCUUCUACUACGUGGUGGAGGAGAUCCUGGAGCUCCGGAUACACAAGCUCGCCUAUUUCAAAAGCGUCUGGAACAUCCUGGAUGUUGUCGUCAUAUUGCUCGCCAUCGUAGCGAUUAUCUUCAACGUUUUCCGAACCGUCAAAGUGGACAACCUGCUUGGUGCGCUGCUGGAAAAUCCUGAUAUUUACGCUGAUUUUGAAUUCCUGGCUUUCUGGCAAACCCAGUACAACAACAUGAACGCAGUCAACUUGUUCUUCGCCUGGAUUAAGAUUUUCAAAUACAUCAGUUUCAAUAAGACGAUGACGCAGCUGUCCACCACGCUGGGCCGAUGUGCCAAAGACAUCUUGGGAUUCGCCAUCAUGUUCUUCAUCGUCUUCUUCGCCUACGCUCAGCUCGGAUACUUGCUGUUUGGAAUGGAGGUCGAGUCCUUCAGCACGUUCGUGAAGUGCAUUUUCACGCAGUUCCGGAUCAUCCUCGGAGACUUUGACUACGACGCCAUCGACCGCGCAAACAGAGUCCUCGGGCCCAUUUACUUUGUCACCUACGUGUUCUUUGUGUUCUUUGUGCUACUGAACAUGUUUCUGGCCAUCAUCAACGACACGUAUUCAGAGGUCAAGGAGGAGCUGUCAUCUCAGAAAGAUGAGCUGCAGAUUACCGACCUCAUCAAACAGAGCUACAUGAAGACUUUUGACAGACUGAAGCGUAAAAAAGAGAAAAUAUCGGAUGUUCAGAAAGCUCUGCAGUCUGGAUCUGGAGAAAUCGAGUUCAAGGACUUCAGAGAGACGCUGAAGGAGAUGGGUCACGCAGAUAAGGAAAUAUCCGCAGCCUUCUCACAGUUUGACCGAGACGGCAACCAGGUUCUUGAUGUGGAUGAGCAGACGAGGAUGAAGAUGGAGCUGGCGGAGAAAAGGGAUGCUCUCAAUGCUGAGCUGAACAACCUCGGAAAGAAUUACGGAAAAGAGUUUCUGGAGAAGCAUCCUGCCUCGUCAGAUGACCAAAUGAGUCCCUCAGGUCGGGCCUUAGCGGAGCAGGAACCGUUCCUCAGGCUGACCAGACGGGUUCUCCAGAUUGAAACAUCUGUAGCAGAUCUCACAUCCAGGAUGGACCUGAUCAUGGACAAGCUGGGACUGAAGGACACUGGGGACAAACUGACAGCGGCGGGCCGUCUCCAGUAACGAUUAACCCCCACCCAGAACGAGACGUCUUCCUCAGACGGUCGAGCAACAAAAGCUGGGAGGUCAUCCAGAAAACCAGCAACCUGCACCAACUCUCACAUGUGAUUGACCUCCAGGAAGCAGCCGUGGAUAAUAGUUAUUGGAAUAAUGAAUCUCCGUCUGUUCAAAGGAAAAUGUUCAAUUUAGCCGCAACCAGAUGCCGUGGAAUCAUGUAAAUACUGUUAAAAUGUUUUUUGAAUGUAUCGCUUGCCACGUAUCUGGCUGUAGUAGAGAGAAUACACAAAUCAGAUCAAUGUUUAGUGGGUUUUAAAAGGUAUAGUCCCAAAGAACAGCCGUGCUUCUAUGUAGAAACUAAGUACACCCUGUGGUUCAACACUGCUAAAUGCUCCUGGUGGAUUCGGCGACUGUAAGCAGCAGAGGUAAAACAAGCCCAGAUCAUGACCCAUCCUCUACCAGUAAAUUGUUAGUUUUGAUCAUAAUGGCUUACAGCUAAUUAAAACCAGUCAUGCAGGCAUUUGGUUACACGUGACAAACUCAAGGCCUGCGGGCCGUAUCAGGCCCAUCAAGGCAAUUUAUCUGGCCCUCAAGAGCCAAAAAAGGCAUAUUAUGUCAUAAAGUGGAGACAUAUAAACUUUUAAAUUGUAUAAAGGGGCUUAAACUGUGCCUCUUGUAGCGAAUGUUGAUUUUUUUUUUACUGUGUAGUAACAGCAUCCUGCCACUAGAUGUCAGUUUUCCCACAACACAUU